AUGUCUGAAAUGAGAAUGAAAUAUGUUGUGGGUAUCACUAAAGGCAAAGCAUGGAGAGCACAAUGCUUGGCUGAAGAAAUAGUUGAAGGAGAUGCAACUAGGCAAUACACUAUGUUAUGGAGGUAUGCAGCAGAGCUUAAAAAACAAUGUCCUGGGAAUACUAUCAAGAUUGAUGUGGAGAGGCCUCUGCCUACUAUUCAACCAAGAUUUGAUAAGUUUUACUUUUGCUUGGAUGGAUGCAAGAAGGGAUUCAUUAAUGGCUGUAGGCCGUUCAUUGGUGUGGAUGGAUGCCAUCUUAAAACAAAGUAUGGAGGUCAACUCUUAGUAGCUGUGGCUAGAGAUCCAAAUGACCAGUAUUAUCCAUUGGCUUUUGGAGUUGUAGAGACUGAAUCAAAAGAAAGCUGGAGGUGGUUCCUGCAAUUACUUAUGGAAGAUGUUGGUGUAGAGAGGAAAUAUGUGUUUAUAUCAGAUCAACAAAAGGGACUGGUAGUAGUGUUUGAAGAAAUGUUUGAGCAGAUUGAGCAUAGAAUUUGUCUUAGACAUCUCUAUGCAAAUUUUAAGAAAAAGUUUGGUGGUGGUGCAGCAAUUAGGGAUCUCUUAAUGGGAGCUGCUAAAGCAACAUAUUUUCAAGCUUGGGAGAAAAAGAUGAAUGAGUUGAAGGCCCUUAACAAGAAGGCAUGGGAAUGGCUUAUGGGUGUUCCAACCAGAUUGUGGUGUAAGCAUUCUUUCUCUUUUUAUCCAAAGUGUGAUGUAUUGAUGAACAAUUUAAGUGAGUCAUUUAACAGUACAAUCUUGCAAGUUAGGGACAAACCUAUCCUCACAAUGUGUGAGUGGAUUAGAAACUACUUGAUGAAUAGGAUUGUUAAUAAUUUAGAAAAGCUAAGCAAGUGGAAUCACAAUAUUAUGCCAAUGCCUAGGAAGAGGCUAGACAAGGAAGUCUCAAUGAGUGGUCAAUGGCUCCCUACUUGGAGUAUGGGUCACAUAUGGCAGGUGCAUCACCCAUUCAAUGGCAAACAGUUUAUAGUUGAUCUUGGGAAAAAAACAUGUUCAUGUUGUUUUUGGGAACUAGUGGGUAUCCCAUGUAUGCAUGCUGUGUCUGCCAUGAGUUAUCAAAGUUUGAAUCCAGAGUCAUAUGUAGAUGAGUGCUAUACUAGAGAGGCAUAUCAAAAGUGUUAUGAACAUAAUGUGAGCCCCAUCAAUGGGAUGGACAUGUGGCCAUCAGUAGAUGUGGAAGAUAUGCUGCCACCUAUGUUUAAGAAAGGACCUGGUAGGCCAAAGAAGUUAAGGUAUAGGGAACAAGAUGAGUCUGGUUCAAGAAUGAGAAGGCCUGGUAUUUCAUAUAGAUGCACAAAGUGUGAUCAGUUUGGGCAUAACUCAAGGAAAUGCAAAAGCAAGGAACAAAACCCUAAUGCACUAAAGAGAAAGAGAAAGGCACCAAGAGCUAAAGCUACACCUGCUGGAAAUAAUAGAGAUCUCCCUGCUGAAAAUGAUGAAGCUGCAACUGCACCUAUUGGAAAUGAGGAAGCUGCACCUAAUGAGAAUUAUGAUGACCCUGAAAUAGAUGCUGUAAUUGAAGCUAUGCUGCAACAAGAAGAAUUAUCACAAGUCUGCAAUCCCACACCCUCUACAGAUGUUCAAGCUGCAACAGUCAAUCUUGCUCCUGCAUCACAUGUUCAAACUGAAACAACAACCAUAGCAGCUGAUCAACCUAAGUGUACUGCAUCUGUUGCAAAAAAAGAAAAGAAAAAAGGACCUGUUGACAAGCCUAAGAGGAAGAGGGUUAGUGAAAGGAUUAAGAUUUUGAAGAAUUCAAGGCAAAUUAGUGGGCCUGGCUCAACUUCAGAUACACCAUUGGUACUUGAUGAUGCAUCAGAAAAAUGGAAGGACAUUGCAAGAAGAAUGACUCAGUAG